UUUUUCUUCCAAAAACCUUCAUAAGGACUUCUCUCUCUGUCUCUAGACCCUCCCUACAGUCUCUCUCAGCUCCAACCCCAGCCUCCGACAGCUCCCACACAAGACCCAACGCCGACGACGGCGACAGGCGGGGCAACAAAGCUUAGACCUAAGGAGUAGCAAGGAAUCUCUCGGUGACGCCUCCAAGCUCCAUUGUCUCGCUCUGUACAGCCUUCGUUUUGCUACUGUUCAUGCUUCUUGGAAGCCAUUGUAGCUUAUGCUUAUAAUGGUUGGAAGGUUAUCAACUAGGUUAAUGAAUAUUUGUGUAGCCUCAUGUUGUAAAGCCCGAAACUUGGCAAAAGCUGAAGCAGUUAUUGUUGAUGGUAUAAGAUUAGGCAUACUUCCCAGUGUGAUCACUUACAAUACAUUGGUUGAUGCAUAUUGUCGGUUUGUUGGACUGGAUGUAGCUUAUUCUAUUCUUGAAAGAAUGAAAGAAGCUGGGAUAAAGGCAGAUGUUGUUACUUACAAUUCUUUGAUUGCUGGGGCCACCAGGCGGCGCUUAUUAUCACAAGUUCUAGAUCUGUUUGAUGAAAUGAUUGAAGCGAACAUUACUCCGGAUUUAUGGAGUUACAAUACACUGAUGCAUUGUUUCUUUUGUUUAGGGAAACCUGAUGAAGCCAAUAAUAUUUUUCGGGAUAUCAUACUCAGUGAUUUUUCUCCCUGCUCAACUACAUUCAAUAUCAUGCUUCAUGGUCUUUGUAAAAAUGGUUAUAUCAACAAUGCCAUUAUGUUAUUUAGGAGUUUACAGCGUCAGGGAUUUAUCCCUGAGAUAGUGACGUAUAAUAUUAUUAUCAAUGGACUUUGCAAGCGUGGCAGAUUGAGGGCAGCGAGGAAAAUGCUCCAGGAGCUUGGAGAAUCUUGUUUAGAGCCAAAUGCCAUCACCUACACUACAGUUAUGAAAAGUUGUUUUAGGUCGAGGAAGUAUGAAGAAGGGCUUGAGAUCAUGUCGAUAAUGAGGAGCAAAGGUUACACCUUUGAUGGCUUUUCAUAUUGUACAGUUAUUGGGGCUUUAGUUAAAACUGGCAGGAUGGAUGAGGCAAACUUUUACAUGGAAGAGAUGUUAGCACAUGGCAUUGAACUUGAUCUAGUGUCAUACAACACAUUGAUUAACUGGUAUUGUAAAGAAGGUGAAAUGGAAGCAGCCUAUAAGCUAUUGGAUGAGGUAGAGAAAGGUGGUUUUGAAUGCGAUCAGUAUACACACACAAUUAUAAUUAAUGGAUUGUGCAAGGCUGGUAAUAUUGAUGGUGCCUUAAGACACUUACAUUAUAUGGACAUGAUGGGAUUUACUAUAAAUUUGGUUGCUUUCAACUGCUUGCUUGAUGGAAUGUGUAAAUCCGGUCAGAUUGAUCGUGCAUUGAGGGUGUUUGAGACAAUGGAGAUCAAGGAUUCGUUUACCUAUACCAUCUUAGUGUGCAAUCUUUGCAGGGCAAGAAGAUAUCAGAGUGCAUCUAAGCUCUUGCUAUCUUGUGUAAGAAGUGGCAUGAGAAUACUCAAGUCCGCUCAACGGGCUGUUCUCGAUGGCCUACGUAGUACGGGGCUUACAAAUGAAGCAAAAAAGCUUCAGUCCAAAGUGCGAUUGGCUCGGAUGUACAAUAGUGACUUGGGUGUGAGGUCCUAAGACAUGCUACCAUUCUAGGGCCUACAAGGUACAAAUUUAUUUAUUAUGAAGAACUCUCUUGGUGGGAACGAGUUGUUAGUCAGUGGUACCAUGAAGAGGAAUUUUGUUUCAAACUCAAGUAGUUUUGCGCUAAUAUAAUUGUACCAAGACACAAAGUAGUAGUAAGCACUACUGCUGAAACUGCAUUAAUAAAAUGUGCCUAAUUACAUGUUCCAGCAUGUACGCUACUCAUCUGAAUGCUGCUAUUGAGUGCAUGUGGCCGAAAGGUCAAAUUAUGUGACAUUGGAAUACAAAAUUCGGAUCCUUCAUUCCCAGGUCAAUUGGACUAUGUUAUGAUGGAUGGUGACUGAUAACUUCUAUUAAGUUCAAUUGUUCUUGGGGAAUUUCUUUGGCGGGGCUGUGUAAAAAGUUCCCACCGGUGGGGCUGUUUUAGUUACAUCUUAUUGGUUGGUGGAUGUACGGAUUAGUAAAGAAACCGGGCAUACAGUGAUAUUGGUUGCUUCAAGUGUUCUUUUAUGUGUUUCUGUUCAAUAUUAAAUUAGUUUUUGAAAUACAUUUAUUUAUUUAUUUAUUCUGUAAAAGAGAGAAAGAAAGAAAAUGAGACAUCCAAGGAAAAUGAUUUUGCUUCAGGAGAGGGGGAGAAUCGAUUUGAGAGGACCAGGGAAACGAUUUUGCUUCUGAAGAGGGGGAAAAUCAGUUUAAUUUCUAUGGAACCCGAAACUAGUGGUUGGCCAAACAAAUUCGUACCUAGACGUUUCUUCGUAAAGAUUCUUUGAGAAAAGGCAUCUUUGGCAGACUGAAUUGAACUGCAGCAGCAGCACAAGAUACAAGGAAGUUGAGGAACGGGAUAUGAUUUCUCUCCCAAAACACAAGCUGAAAGCUUAUCCUAAGACAAAAUGGAGUUUGGCCUGCUAAAAAGAUUCGAAUGCUUGUUCAACAUUUUCUGAAUAAAGCGUUUAAUGCGUUUUGGAAUUCUUGUGAUGUUCACUGCUUCUAAUGUCCCUCAUUUAGUAGGGAUGGUUUCAGUUCUGAUCUGACUUUUAACCAUUCGAAUGGGAUUUACUUCAAGCCUUAUGUUAUUCAACGUUUAAAGCAACAACGAACAGACACUCUCUUCCUCCCCCGACGAGAGACUUUAGAUAAGACUUCUCCCGAAUUUCAUGAAUGAAGCUUAGAAGGACCAGUAGCCGAAUGACUAAAUUUAUCGGUAUGCAGGGUUACAAAUCAAAAGCUCGCUCGUCCCCAAAUUUUUACAGGACCGAUCGUAGCAAGAUAACCUUUUCAGACUUGCUACCGUGGGAAAGGGCCUGCUACAUGUGUAUAGUUUUUUCCUUUUAAUAAAGCUCAUUGGGAAAGAGAGCCAUUUGUAUAGUGCUCAUUUUGACUAUUCAAAAGGUCAUUUUCUCUUCACAUAAGUAAAAUGGAUCUUGUACUGGAUAUAACAUGCAUACCAUUGAUAAAGCUUGGUUUAGAAUAAUGAAAGUUUCUUAAGGGAAUUACAGCA